CGGAGUGCUACAUGUUUCUGCCAGAUUUCCAGCGGGAGUAGCCGGGCUGUGAUGUCGGAUCAGAGCGAAGCAGAUGGGAAUGAGCUGUGGAAUAACUUGGAGAAUUACCGAGCGAAGCUGACCGCGGUGAUUGAGCCAUCCAGGAUCACGCCGUACCUGCGCCAGUGCAAAGUGCUCAUUCACGACGAUGAGGAGCAGAUCUUCAAUGACCCCAGCCUGGUUACCCGGCGAAGAAAAGUAGGGAUGCUGCUCGACAUUCUCCAGAGGACAGGCAGUAAAGGCCACAUUGCGUUUCUGGAGAGCCUGGAGCUGUACUACCCCGAGCUAUACCUCCGCAUCACCGGCCAGGAGCCCACCCGCACAUUCUCUGUCAUCCUGGAUGCUGGUGGGGAGUCAAGCCUGACACAGUUGCUGAUGGCGGAAGUCCAGAAACAGCAACAAGCUGCUAUUCACAGUAACAGGCGACUUCAGGCGCUGACCAUUGAGCUGUCUAAGAAAGAUGAUCACAUCAAACAGCUCCAGGUCAAAGUGAACGAGUUGCAGAAACAUCAGGAGCGAUUCUGGAAGAUGAGGGAAGAGCGGAACAAUUAUAGUGAGGAGCUGAAGAACUGCAAGGAGGAGAAUUAUAAAUGGGCAAAGGAAUUUGCAAUGCAGAGUGAGGAAAAGAAUGCAGCACUGAUGAAGAACCGAGACCUGCAGCUGGAGAUUGAGAGACUGAAGCACAGCCUGAUGCUUGCUGAGGAUGGCUACAAGGUUGAACGUACACACACCAUGAAACUUAAAUAUGCCAUGGAGCAGAGACCGAAGCAGGAACUGAUCUGGGAACUUCAGCGUGAGAACGAUCUACUCAAAGCCAAGCUGCAGGAGCUGGUCCCUCCCGCGAAGGUUGACAAAGUUGACAAAAACAAGAUGUACAUUCAGAUCCUGGAAGAUGACCGAAGGACGGCGUUAGAGGAACAUCAAGACCUGGUCAACACUAUUUACAAUCUCCGCAAAGAGCUAAGGGCCGUGGAGGAGUUACGGGAGAAGUACCUAGACGAGAAGGAGGUGUAUCAGCUGCGUUGUGUGACCCUACAGAAGGAUUCCCAGAUGUACAGAGAUCGCAUUGAGGCAACGUUGAAGCAAAUGCAGGAAGUGGCGAUAGAAAGAGAUCAGGCCCUCAGGUCGCGGGAGGAGUCCCAUAGGUUACACACACAGGCGGUGCAGCAGGGCGAUGGGUACCGGAAGCUGAUCCGAGAGCAGGGCGAACGCUGUGACGAGCUGCAGAUCGAAAUCUUCCGACAAGAGGAGCAGCUACUCAUCCUCCAGGCCCAACUGAAGCGGGCCAGGCAGGCCCCAGGAAGCCUGACGUUGGAUGUAGAUGAUCAGCUUCCCAGAGCCUCCCCGGAGAUCCCCGAGCUCGGAGUCACGGACACUCACCAGGAAUCAGCCGAUCAGAGAUGGUCAGUACAAUGCGAGGAGCAGGAGGGAACCAGCUGUGAGCCUGGGGCCUCGAGCUCUCACCACACCGAGCUUAGCACUCUACACCCAGCCCUCGCUGAGGAGAAUCUCGAACUGAAGGGGAGCAGGUGGAGGAUGAAGAAAAGCUUCGAAGAUUACAGAAGGAAGCGUGCUAUUCGGCUGAACAAACAGGAGAGAGACCAGAGGAAGGAGAACUGGGAUAAUGUAACAGGAAGCGAGAAUUCUGACAGUGACUCCUCAGACAGAGAGCAGAGCAAUGGGAUUGGGAUGUGAUCCACCAUCUCUGUCGAAAUAUGAGAUACAGUAAGAUACAGCCCAGGACCAGGCCUACCAGUGUCUCCGAGGGCAGAAGCGAAUACACAGGACCUCUCAGCAGGCGAAGAUUCUGGGAACAAGUCUCACAACAUUAAAGAUUUCAGACUCACUCCACUGUGCUGAGGGAGCGGGCACUGUUGGAGGGUCAGUGGUGAGGGAGUGGGCACUGUCGGAGGGUCAGUGCUGAGGGAGCACUGCACUGUUGGAGGGUCAGUGCUGAGGGAGUGGGCACUAUCGGAGGGUUAGUGCUGAGGGAGCGGGCACUGUCGGAGGAACAGUGCUGAGGGAGCGGGCACUGUCGGAGGGACAGUGCUGAGGGAGCGGGCACUGUCGGAGGGUCAGUGGUGAGGGAGUGGGCACUGUCGGAGGGUCAGUGCUGAGGGAGCACUGCACUGUUGGAGGGUCAGUGCUGAGGGAGUGGGCACUAUCGGAGGGUUAGUGCUGAGGGAGCGGGCACUGUCGGAGGAACAGUGCUGAGGGAGCGGGCACUGUCGGAGGGACAGUGCUGAGGGAGCGGGCACUGUCGGAGGGUCAGUGCUGAGGGAGUGGGCACUGUCGGAGGGUCAGUGCCAAGGUGUUAUGGGGUUGUUGGUGGGCUGUGUGGGCAGGGGAAAGUGUGGAAGAGCGGUAUCUGCCUCGUUAAUGACUUGGAUAAUGUGACCGACUGGUGGAUGAUUUGUUCAUGAUUUCAUUGCUCUUUGUGGGCUCUUGCUGUGUAGAUUGGGACUGGGCUGUU